CCUCAGGAGGUUUUGGCGCUGGACCAACUGACGUACUAGUACUAGUCACGUAGUAGUUCCCCGCUUCCCACUGAGCAAUCACAAUUCACACACGAGUGAAGUGAAGUGACGAAGGGAGGACUCAGGCGAGGAUGCAAAGAUAUGUGGUGGCCUUUGCCUGGAUUCGGAGAGAGAUCUGACGCCGCUACAGUGGCCAGUGGGAGGGCUACAAGACAGCUGUGAAGCCGAACCGUCCCUUCGCGUCGCGGCACCGGCCGGCUUCGACUGACCCUGCCUUCCAGCUUCCUAAAUCUGGCCGGCUGAUCAGCCUCCGCUCUACAGCUGCUGCCGCGGCGUGCGGCUUGAAAAGGAGCUGGUUUUUGGGGGAGGCGCCAAUGGCGAGCUCGGGGGGGAGGUGGAGGCGGAGCGGCAGUUCCAUGCUAAAGCUGGUGGUGGCCUUGUGCUUCUUCGCUGUGGCCAUCUCCCUGUGUUGCGUCUGCCUCAGCUCGGGUUGCGGUGGCAGUGGCUGUGGUGGAUUCAGGCGGCGCGCUGUGCUGCUCCGUUUAGAUUUCCGGACACGAGCAACAGCAUAUUUUGGCGCUAAUCAGCAGGAUCACAGCUCGAGCGGGCGUCGAUGGCGGCGGCUGCUGGCGGAGGGCCCGGGGUCGUACCCGCCGCGGUGCACGGCCAAGUGCGGCGCCUGCGUCCCGUGCUACCCGGUGCACGUCGCCGUGCCGCCCGGCGUCCCGGUCACCACCGAGUACUACCCGGAGGCGUGGCGGUGCAAGUGCGGCAACCGGCUCUACAUGCCAUGACGGGCAGAGCGUGCACGGCGGGGUGACGCUCCGGUGGCGAAGCGAUUUGCGCGAGGGUGGCGCGCGGUGGCCGGUGGGCGUGCCGGGCCGAGGUACUAGCACAGUACAGCAGUGCACUGCUGCCCGAUCGAAGCGGCCGUCGCGCAUGGGGCCGUUUCAUUAUUGCGAUGCGGGCCGGGAGCACAGUGGCAGUGUGGACUGUUGCCGCGCCCGCGCGCGAAUCGGGUGGAGGCGCGCGUGAUGAUGGCCUACUGGGCUGCUGGGCUCUGGAAUUUGCGCGGCCCUACCACGAGGAGCGGUGGCAUGGGGUUGUACGGCGCGUGCUGCAAAGGGAAGCGAGAAGGGGAGCACGAGGCAGUUGCUCGCUGCACGUGUCCAGGCAAUCUGUUGAUAUGUUUUGGUUCUUCCUCCUUGUCCAUUUGGAUUUGGAUCUUCGAAAUCCCAUUUGUAUCUUUGUGAGAAAUGAUAGUCGUUAUAGGCCAUUUAUGUUAAAUUUCAGCAUUAUUCUUACCGGGCUUCAACAGCAUACAUGAGUACAUGACAUGUGUUGGUUUCUUCUAGCAGCAUGGAACAGUUGGAAGUGUUUGUUUAGGGUAUGAUUGUGAAGUGCUCGACGUUCAAUCAUGUUAGUGUUUUA